AUGAGUAAGGAUAAAAAGGUAGGUGAUGGUAAAAUAAGUGGAGAGGAUGUAAAUGGUUUACGGUGUUGUAGAGAUCUUAGUGACAUUGUUCCUUUAUAUUCAGCCAAAGGAUUGUAUUUAAAACCGAUUGCUAAGAUAAAUAUAUCUGUUAAUCUUCCCCAAUUGAAGACUCCAGGAAAAACACUGUCAACAUGGGAGGUAAUGGAGAAAUUGCGUUUGCUGAUACGUCCGGACGAGUUUGCGUCCCUGAAAGUCUCCAAAAGUACUCUAGAGUUUUUGCGCUUGGAGGCAGAUUUGACGGACAAGUGUCGGAUGGCCCAGGUGCUAAGUCGUCUCGAGGGCCAGCGGCUAAACCUGGCCGGGUUUGCGAGUAUCCUCAAAGUACGAGCCGUCGAAGCAAAGGAUGACUUUCCAUCAAAGCACAACUGGGACUCUUUUUUUCGCGACGCCAAGCACAUGAAUGAGCUGAAACCUGGCGAGCGUCCUGACACCAUUUAUAUUUCUGGGUUGCCGGUCAAAUGGUUCAGCGAAGACGGCGGCAAAACACCCAGUGAACCGUUGUGUAUGAAAAUUUUCAAGAAAUGGGGAAUUAUCAGGCGCAUUGAUGUACCUGCUGCUGAUCCAUACAGAUCAAGAAUGAGAUUAGAUAAUAAUAUUAAUAAAAAAAGCAAUUUAAAUGAUGGAAUAUUCUUUGAUGUUUACAUUCAAUAUAUUGAGUACGUUGAUUUUGUUAAACUUAUGGAUUCACUGCGUGGGAUGAAAGUUUUGAAAAAAGAAGAUAAUAAUUAUUUAACUGCAAUUGUUAAGGUUGAUUUUGAUAAAACAAAACAUAUGAGUGAUAAUUCAGUAUCAAGGCGUGAAUUCGAACGUAAACGACUUAUUGCUCAAGAUCAUAUGGCUAUGGAAAAAUUGCGAAAACGUGAAGAAGCUGAGGCUAAGAAAAAAGAAGAAGAAUUGAAAAAAGAAGCAGCCGAUAAAGAUGCAAAAUAUAUAAGACGUAAAAAACGGGAAGAAAAACGCAAGAGAAAAGCAUUGACGAUGUUCAGAAAACAGGAAGAAGAUAAAGUAUCUAUGAAAAUUGCACGCGAAGAACAAAAACUCAUCAAAGCUCAACGACAAUUAGAAAGUAUUAGAUUGUUAGACGAGCUGUUUGAUCGAAUCAAGGUGAGGUUUGUUGAUAUAAAACUUGAAAAGGGAGAAAUUACAAUCGGUGAUAAAAGUAAUUCUAAUGAAAAAAGCAAAGAUGCCGAUGAAAAAAAUAGUGACGGUAAUGAUAAAAGUGAAAAGAAGGAUAAAAAGUCUAAGAAGAAGAAAUCGAAAAAAGUUAAAAAGAAAAAGAAAAAAGAUAAGAAGAAUGUAACGAGUUCUAGUGAUGAUUCAGAUGAAGAAACUAACAAGAAGAAACUUAAAAGUACAUUAGCUAAUAAAUCAGAUUCAUAUCCAGAAAUUUAA